AUGGCGGGACGUGGUGUGGCGGGGAAGAGACCGGCCGAGCCCCCUGGGGCGGGCCGCGCUGGGACAGCGCCGGGCGGUGGCCGUGGUGCGGGGAAGAGACCGGCCGAGCCCCCUGGGGCGGGCCGCGCUGGGACAGCGCCGGGCGGUGGCCGUGGUGCGGGGACUUCGGCUAUGCCGCCGCCAUCUGCUGUCUCCGGUCGUGGAGCUGGCCGGGGCGCGGUGCCCCCCGUGCCGCAGGUGGGAGGACGCGGCGGAACGUUGCCGGGUGCGGCCGUGGGGCGUGGUGCCACGGCGUCUGUUGGCGCUCGCGUACCGGUGAUUGCGGCCUCGGGUUUGGCGCCUAGUCGUGGUGGGCAGACUGGUGGUGCUGCUGGUAGGGGCGGCACGGCGCCUAAGCCGCCAACGACGGGGGCGCCGGGGUCUGUGGGACUUCUGCCUAGGCAAGCACCGCCACCCCACUUCGUCACCAAACCUGUGGCUGGUGCUAAUUCCGCGCCUCGGGGACAAUGGGGAGACGAUGGAUUCGACGCCUAUGGGGCAGGUGUGCACCGUGGCUCGUCGUCGACGGGCGGUGGCCGAGGUUACGCUUGGCAGAGCGACCGUUCCUGGGUCCCCAGGGUGGCUUUGUUGAGGGUGCUUCUGGUCCGGAUUCUAGACAGCGUGGUGGCUUCCGUGGGCAUCGUGGUGGUCGGGGCGGGCGAGGGGGCCGGUACCGUCCACGUCCGCCGCCACCACCGGUUGUUGUCGAGCAGAUGA